AUGGCAGAAGACAAAGUAAAGUUGUACGAGGAUGGACGAAGUCCAUAUGUUUGCAGAGUGAAGAUUGCUUUGAAUCUCAAAGGAAUCACAUACGAAAACAUCAUAGAAGAUCACAGCAACAAGAGCCCCGACCUCAUUAAGUAUAACCCUGUUUAUAAAAAGGUGCCAGUGUUGGUUCACAACGGAAAUCCCAUCUCCGAAUCACUUGUCAUCGUAGAGUACAUUGAUGAUGUCUGGAAAGGCGAGGUUCCGAUUUUGCCUCAGGAUCCUUAUGAGAAAGCGGUUGCUCGAUUUUGGGCAAAUUUCAUUGAUGAUAAGUGCCUGCCUGCAAUAUACAACGGAAUCCGCAGCAAUGGAGACGAACAAGCAAUGUCAGAAGCUUAUAAGCAGCUUCAAAUACUAGAAAGCGAGCUCAUGAUCAUCGGAGUCGAAGGUAACAAGUAUUUUGGAGGUGACAACAUUAACUUGGUUGAUAUCGCUGCUGUUUUCCUGGCCUAUUGGCCUGGAAUCAUUGAAGAAACAUCCGGAAUAAAUAGCGUCCCGAAAGACAAGUUUCCCAAAAUAAUUGAAUGGGCUAAUAACUUGCUGAGCCUUCAAGUUGUCAAGGAAAUAUUACCUCCAAGAUCAGAACUGGUUGUAUUUUUCAAGAAGCGAUAUGGUAAUUAA